UCGUUCGUUCCACCUUCGAACAACAAAUUUACAACUUUUCACUCGUCAUCAGUGAUGAUUUAUCGACCCAGCACGAGCCGUGUGUGUUAAUUACAAAUUCUUGGAGACUUAGAUAAUAAUGUUAAAUUGGACAAAUUCUUAAAUCCAGAAAAUGAGAUUCAUUACAGUCGGCAGAAACGCUGGGAGAUGGGGGACAGGCACGCUCAAAGGAUUAGAUUUUUCAAGGGGUCUCAAGAUAGCCGUUUUAGGAGGAAUGGGUCAAAUAGGACAUACGCUGUGUCUAAUGUUAAAGCAGUCACCAUGGUUUGAUGAGAUCGCCAUCCAAGAUUCUGUCAAUCCUAAAGGUCUUGCAAUGGAGUUGAAUCACAUUGACACACAAAAUAUAGUCACUUCACACGAAGGGCAUAGUGGCCUAAAAACAGCUCUUAAGGGAGCAGACAUAGUAAUGAUAGUUGCAGGGCACACAACCGAAAAAUAUUGUCCAGGAUCGAAAGAUGACCUUUUUACAGCCAACUGUAGAACCGUAUAUGAACUAGCAAGAAGUUGUGCUGUUCACUGUCCUAAAGCAUUUAUUGCUGUUUGUACAAACCCUGUGAACAGUACUCUUCCCAUCACUUGUGAAGUUUUCAAAAGACUCAACCGGUUUGUUGACCCCUGUAAGAUGUUUGGCGUAACAACUUUGACUGUGGUUAGAGCAAACACACUUGUAUCAGAAGUUAUACAAGUAGUUCCGGAGACAGUUGAAGUUCCGAUAAUUGGAGGACACUCGCCUUCAACGAUGGUGCCUGUCCUAUCGCAAGCAAAACCUUGCGCUCAACUGACUACAGAAGAAGUGGUACGAAUCACAAGAGCUUUGCAAACUGCAGGGGAUGAAGUUCAAAAAGCAAAGAACAACCAAGGCACUGCUUCAUUAUCCAUGGGUUUUGCAGCGACAAGAUUUGCAGUGUCAUUGGCCAAAGCCCUAAGUGGUCAAGACAAUAUUAUAGAAUGUGCCUACUUGAUGUCAAAUAUCAUCCCUGAGCUGCCCUAUUUUGCCACCCCAGUCCAGCUGGGUCCUUGUGGAGUGCAAAAAAAUCUAGGUAUACCAGACUUGUCUAGCUAUGAAUGCUGCCUGCUAGAAACAGCAAUCCCGUUCUUGAAAAGGGACAUAGAAAGUGGUGAAAAUUUCAUAGCUGAUGUAAUAAAGAACAAGAUAAUCUUUUAAAAACCAUUAAACAAAAAAUUAAGCCUCCUCCAAACUGCAGAAAGCACUGAAAUUUCAACCAAAAAGAGGAAAAUAUAAAUUAAUGUAUAAUAAAAGAACAUCUGAAUUAUUGACAUGGCUAUUAUGUUCUCUUUUGCAAAUAAAGGAUUUAGAAAAAA